AUAGUCUGUCCAUUUUCUUUUCGUUUUCAUUUUAUCCGCGUUUUAUUGUAGGCUAUUUCAGUCGCAAAUGCUACCAAGACCCUGUAAACCGCAUACAGAGAUGCGAGGUUAUUAGUCGAUUAGUGAUUCAGUACUUUUUGUUAUCCAGGAUCCAGGUGUUUGGUUUCGGUACCCCCCCCCCCCCCCGACAAGCUAGGCUAUAUGCAGCUACAGAAAGCUUUUGUGCUCUUGUUUUCUUAAACGGACCUCUAUAAUACAGGACAAGAGGACAAUACGCGUAAAAAAACAUUUUGUGCGUUCGCCUAGGUGAUUUGAAAACAGGAUGUUUUUUAAAUCGAACAUAUUGGUCAUCGCUGUUUUGACUCAUUUGGGCUUUCGGACAUGUGACGCACAAGUGUGCGGCUACGCCCCCCUGGGUAACAGGAUUGUGGGAGGGACGGCGGCACCAGAAGGGGCGUGGCCUUGGCAGGUGGACAUCCAGAUGGACGGAAACCACGUUUGUGGAGGAACCAUCAUAACUAAAGACUGGGUGCUGUCUGCAGCUCACUGCUUCCCGGAGCCGUCCAAGGUGUCGUCGUAUGUGCUUUACCUGGGCAGGCAGACGCUCAACGGCUUCAACACGCACGAAGUGAGCCGGCUGGUGCUGCGGGUGGUGGUGGCGCCGGGGUACAGCAGCCCAGAGGAGGGGCGGGACUUUGCGCUGGUGCAGCUGGCCUCGCCCGUCGAUUGGACAGACCGCAUCCAGCCCAUCUGCCUGCCGGACGCCGACGUUCUGUUCCCCAGCGGCACCCUCUGCUACGUCAGCGGCUGGGGGUACAUCCAGGAGGGGGUGCCUCUGGCGGGCACCGGGCCACUACAGGAAGUGGAGGUGCCGAUCAUCGCGCAGUCUUCCUGUCAGUCGAUGUACCAGCUCCAGCCGCCGGCCGACCGCGUGGACAUCCUGUCCGACAUGAUCUGCGCGGGCUUCCAGGAAGGGGGCAAAGACUCCUGCCAGGGGGAUUCUGGGGGACCUCUCAUGUGUCCCAAGAACCGGACGUGGGUGCAGGCCGGGGUGGUGAGUUUCGGCCUGGGCUGCGCCAAGCCCAACCAGCCGGGCGUCUACGCCAGGGCGACGGCCUUCUCCAGCUUCGUCCAGCGCACCGUGCCCGACAUCCAGCUGUUCAGCCGCGGCGCCCCCAGCGGGCCCGGCGCCGCCAGGAAGGCGCUGCUCGCCACGCUCGUCUCCCUGGCCCUGCUCCCGCUGGCUCGCUGAGCGCCGCUUCGUCCGCCGUUUCGUCUGCUGCCCCGCGCUGCGCAGUCCGUGCCAACCAUUCGCCGAGGGCCCGAA